AUGUACUUCUCCACAUCUUUGAUAGCAGCAACGCCGUUGACAAGGGCAUUCGCCGCUGCAUCGAUUCUUCCAGCUCGAGAUGAUGCCUCACCAGCCUUCACAUACAACGCUACCACCAUCCUCCUCCAUGGCAAGCCAUACCAGAUCAUCGGCGGACAGAUGGACCCCCAGCGUAUACCUCCACAAUACUGGCGUGAUCGACUGAGGAAGGCCAAAGCCAUGGGUUUGAACACCAUCUUUCCGUAUGUUUUCUGGGACCACCUCGAACCAUCGCCUGGAGAGUGGACUUUCGACCAGCCAGAAAAUGAUAUCGCGACUUACGUCAAGACUGCCAAGAGGAAGGGUUGA